UAAUUACCGUACUCCUAGCUGUACAAAAGUAAAGCUCCAUUGAGAAUAUAUAAACCCCAAAACUAGAUACGAAAAUCUCUCAUUACUCAUCUUCUCCAUUUCUCUCCUUCUCUCUAAAUUUGGGCUGUCUCUCUAAUGGCGACGGAGACCACGAAAUCAAUGGUGAAACUCGACCUAGGAAAUCUUACUGUAGUCAGAGUUCUGGGUAAAGGAGCUAUGGGGACGGUUUUGUUGGUCGUCGAUCUUCUAAAUGAUCCAUCUGCUCGUUCUCCAUUUGCUCUAAAAGUAGUCGAGAAAUCAACAUUCCAUUCAAAAUUCGAUGCUGACCGGCGUGCUCGAUGGGAAAUGACGGUACUUUCUCGUCUAUCUGAUCCUUUCCUUCCUACUUUAUUAGGAACCUUAGAAACAGAUGAAUUCUUAGCUUGGGCAGUUCCUUAUUGUCAUGGAGGUGAUCUUAACAUUCUUCGUUACCGUCAGACGGAUCAAAUUUUUUCACCAACUUCUAUACGUUUCUAUAUAGCUGAAAUCGUAUGUGCUCUUGAGUCUCUACAUCGUAUGAAUAUCGUAUAUCGUGAUUUGAAACCAGAAAACAUUCUUAUUCAGUAUUCGGGUCACGUCACCCUUACAGAUUUUGAUCUUUCUCGGGUUCUGACACCAAUUUCAUCUAAAACGACAAAGCCACCAGAGAUUCCUACUGCAAAACCGGUAACUCGUCGGAAACAUCGUCGGAGUCUAUCACGAUUUAUGUUGGUCGUCGCUGAGAAAGGCUUACCUAAAGCUAAGUCGGCACGGGUUUCGCCAGUGAGCCGGAAAAGACCAAGUUUCUCAAAUGGUGAGCGAUCUAACUCGUUUGUCGGAACGGAAGAGUAUGUUUCUCCUGAGGUUGUACGCGGCGAUGGACAUGAAUUUGCAGUCGACUGGUGGGCCCUGGGCAUUUUGAUAUACGAAAUGAUGUAUGGGGAAACGCCGUUUCGUGGUAAAAAUCGGAAAGAAACGUUUCGUAAUGUUGUGAUGAAGUCACCGGAAUUCAUUGGGAAGAAGACGGCUUUGACAGAUUUAGUCCAACGAUUAUUAGAGAAAGAUCCAAGGAAGAGAUUAGGUCAUAAAAGGGGUGCAGCUGAGAUUAAAGAACAUGUCUUUUUUAGUGGGCUGAGAUGGGAUUUAUUAACAGAAGUUUCACGACCACCCUUUCUUACGAUGGUAGAGGAAGAAGAAACCGUUCAGGAAAGAAUAAAGUCAAGUGGAGUCAACGUUAAGGAUUAUUUCCACAAUCUGAGAAAACACACAACGCCAAUUCCACCAAGGCCGUCAAGCUCCACGUUCAGUUCUCCGUUAUCCGAACAUUGUCGGAGAAAUGUGUCGUUUGAGGAAUUCUAAUUCUAACUUACUUUAGGUAGUCAUUUUAGGGGAGCUUUUAGUAGUUUAAAAUGUAAGCUGAUUGUUGUAUAUAGGGAAAUCAUAUCAAUAAGUUUGUGACAACGUGCAGUAUUCAAACUUAAGAGGUUGACAAAUUAUACGAAAUAAAAUAAAUCUUUAAGUUUCUAA